AGUAAGAAAAAGGAUUUGGCCUACAAUUAUUGAAGCCUAUUUCACUAAAAUAAUUAGCCGCCAUGACUCUUUCUUCCAUCGUCACAUGUUGAUGCUACGAGGAAAUAGAAAUCAACAAUCGAAGCUACCUUGGCACUUGUUAGAUCGGUAAAAGCUCCUUCUGCGCCACAAAGAAGCUCUUGGACGAAGGAUCAGCUGUGCGCUGAAAUGUCGUUCGUACUGACAGCCUUGGGAUGGCUCGGUGAGCACUUCAUCGGGAGCUUGGUCGAAAAGUUAGCAGAUUUUACGGUGCAGUUUGGGGCGGAGGAGGGGCUGCAAGAUGAUCUCAUCAAGCUAAAGACUUCCCUGCACCAGAUUCAGUUCACCAUCAUCCAAGCCGAGAAUAUCUGGAUCCAAGAUCAGGAGUUGAGAGGGAGAUUCAAUGAGUUGCUGAUCCAGCUCAAGGACGAGGCCUACGAUGCUGACCACUUACUGGACGAGUUCCACUUCCGAGUUCUGCAACAGCAGGCGGAGCAACGAGGAGACAAGGCAAGUCACCAAUCAUCUUCUUCUUCUAGUCUCCCUCCGAAGAAAAAGAGAAGACUUUCGUUGCUUGGUGGUGUUACCAUCGGCUUUUUCGGUAGAGAAAAUAAUGACGACGAUGUGAACAGAGUAAGGGAAAUCAAAGGGAGGUUAGAUAGACUUGCAGAUGCAUUCCGGAUCGUCAUGGCUUCGUUAGAUGCAGACGGCAGAAGAAUCAAACAGCUGGAAACAUCGGAGACUCGAAGAACAACUUCCGUUCCAUUUGCGACUCAAAUGUUCGGACGGGACAAAGAGCUGAAAGAACUCGUAGAACUGCUGUUGCAAUCGCCCCAUGGAUCCCCUGCUAGCAACCAUAGCGUCUCUGUCUUGGCAAUUGUCGGCAUCGGCGGGGUCGGAAAGACUACUCUUUCUCAGCUUGCAUGCAUCCACGAGAGCAUGGAGAAAUAUUUCAGACAUAUGAUUUGGGUGUGUGUAUCCGAUGACUUCAGUGUGGAAAGGAUUACCAAAGAGAUCGUCGAGUCUGCAACCCAGAGAAAGUGUGAUUCCAUGAAUUUUGACACCCUUCAAAAGAAUCUUAAGCGGUUGCCAUCAGAUCGAUUUCUACUCGUCCUCGAUGACGUGCGCAAUGCGGAGAAACACAAAUGGGAGAGCUUGUGUGCGCCAUUGAGAUGGGGAGUAGCGGGCAGCAAGAUUUUGGUGACGACUCGCUCGACAAAGAUCGCAGACAUAGUCGGCGGCGAGCAACCGAUCCAUCUAAAAUGCCUGGACGAGGAGAGCUGCUGGGAAUUCUUCAAGAAGUGUGCAUUCGGAUCACAAAACCCCGGAGACCAUCCACAGCUGGAAGCCAUUGCCAAGAAGAUCGUUCGCAAGCUGGGCGGGUUGCCACUUGCAGCAAGAACGCUGGGGGCGCUGUUGAGUGUGAGGAUGGAUGAGCAGCACUGGAGAAGCAUCAUGGAGUGUGAAAAGGAGAUACUUGAAGGUCUGCAGCCACAUCAAGCUCUCAAAAGACUGGUAAUCAGAGGGUACAAUGGUGCCAGAUCUCCCAGUUGGCUGGAGGCAAAACUGCUACCCAACUUGGAGAUACUUACACUACAAAACUGUAAAAGAUGGAAUGAUUUUUCAUGCAUCGGACCGAUCCCGCGUCUCAAGGUCCUUCUCAUGGAGGGCAUGUCGGCAGAGAAAGUGACAGGCCAUGGCUUCUUCGGUGCAACAGUACAGGGCAAGUGUUUCCCUAUGUUGGAAGAGCUUGUGUUCCGAGACAUGGCGGCAUUGGAAGAGUUGUCUUGGAACGAUGGCGGAGCAUUGUUUCCCUGCCUGAGUAAACUCGAAAUACAAGAAUGCCCCAAGCUUCAGAGGUUGUCUCCUCUUCCUCCUUCGCUUACAAAACUUCAGUUAGGACAAGUUGGGUUGACAGAAUUUACCGGACUAUGGGAAGGAAUCGAUGGAAGCAGCAUGAUUCCGGAGAGCAACCUACGAAAUAUCAAAACUUUUGACAUAUGGGGAUGUGAAGAACUAGUGUCGCUGCCGGUGAAGAGGUUUAGAGAACUCACCUCCCUCGAGAACCUGUCAAUACAAAGCUGCCCCGUGCUCAUGAGCAUGACACGAGAUGAGGACAUUGAACUACUGCUGCCGCCCUCAGUGAAGCAACUAGAUUUGAUCGACUGUGGGGAUCUCAGCAAAUCCCUGCCUGCCUGCCUGCACAACGUCACCUCGCUGACCAAAUUGGAGAUAGGUGGAUGUCCAUACUUGAUGUCUCUUCCAAGGGAGCAGAUGCUCCACCUGAAACAACUCCAAUGUCUGAGCAUCAAGCAUUGUGACGAGUUGACAUCUGUGGAGGGGCUACGAGUUCUCAACUCCCUCAGAUUUUUGACCAUCCUCAGAUGCCCCAAGCUUCUGGUGAACGAAGGGGACCGGCAAGGGGAGGUCUUGCCACUGGAGCAAUUAGAAGUCGACGACACUGCGCUGCUCAAACUGCGGCCCAUAAGAGAUGCGCUGCAGUCGGUCCGUCAUCUCGCAAUCAAAUCCUCACCACAAACGGCGAUGUUCGACGGGGAGGAGCAGGAGUUGCUCCGAAGCCUCACGGGUGUCAGAAACCUGCAAUUCUCCGGUUGCGGGAAUCUCCAAACCCUGCCGACAGAGUUGCAUGCCAUUCGAUUCCUUCGGACGUUAUGGAUCGAAGAAUGUCCGGAGAUCCGAUCGCUGCCGGAGAAGGGGCUGCCCACGUCCCUCACGUAUCUACAAUUCGACAGUUGCCAUCCCAUGUUGACGGAGAAGCUGGAAAAGCAGGUGGCGGAGAUGAAGAGCUCAGGUCGAUGGUGGUAAAGGAAUCCAAACGACCUUCGAAGUUCGCAAGGAGCAACUUACCUAAUUCUCGUGCCUUUAGCACAUCGAUUCUAUAUUUCUUUUGAAAAAUUAUAUUAAAAUUAU